AUGGCAUUCUCCGCAUUACUCAAACAUAGUUCCAUCCUUGCUAUACUACGGCUACUAUACUCGCAUCCAUACUCAGUGGCCCUCGCAAUAAUCAUCCUUCCGAUUGUCUCGCUAUUGAUACACGAUUUCCUUCUCUACCUCCGCCUUCCACCGGGCCCAACACCUUUGCCCUUCAUUGGCAAUAAACUAUUCAUCCCAAAAUCCUCACCAUGGAUCCAAUUUGAGAAAUGGUCCCACAUUCACGGCCCCAUCUUUACAUUAUGGAUAGGCCGAAGACCCACAAUCAUCAUAUCCGAUCCCGACGUCGCGGCCGACCUGCUUGAAAAACGCAGCACCAAAUUCAGCUCCAGACCGCGGUUUGUAGUCAUGGGCGAAUUGUAUUGGGAUAACGCGGGAAUUCUGGUCCAGCCCUAUGGCAAGGAAUGGCAAAUUCGUCGGCGGAUGUUACAUCAAGCACUCAACCCUUCUGCGCUGAGUCUAUAUAAGCCUGUUCAAGAGGCCGAGGCGGCGAGGUUAUGUGGUGCUCUGCUCGAUCAGCCAAAGUCAUACGAAGGACUCAUCGAUCGGUUUACCGCGAGCGUAGUGUUCAGCAUUGCAUAUGGUCACAGAAUUGACUCGAUGAGCUCAAAGGUCAUCCGGCAGCGUCUUGGAUUCAUGCAAUACUCUGCGUCCCUCAACGUACCGGGGAGAUAUCUUGCCGAGACGGUCCCCUGGCUCAAAUACAUCCCUAACAUACUUGCACCAUGGAAAGCAGAGAUCCAGCAGCGCGGGCGCGAAGAAGCAGCGACAAAUAUGGCCCUCCUGCACCGGGUUCAAGAUGAGCUUCGUAAUGCCAAAGACCCGUCUGGAGUACCGAGCUCUUUAUCCAAACUGCUCCUCGAAGCGCGAGAGACAGAUCCGGCUACUUUCGGCGCUCUAAGCGAAAGGGAUUUCUCAUUCGUACCGGCAUCGCUCUUCGGGGCUGGCAGCGACACAACGGCAAGUACACUGUGCAGUGCAAUCCUUAUGCUGGUGACAAACCCGCAAGUCCAAGCUGCCGCACAUGCAGAGCUCGACCAUGUCCUAGGGACCACACGCCUCCCGGUAUUCGAUGAUGAGAAUAACCUGCCCUACAUCAAGGCACUCUGCAAUGAAACGCUCCGGAUCAGACCCGUUGCGGUACUUGGCGGUACACCACACGCAAACUCCGUGGCAGAUACUUAUGAGGGUUUCUUUAUACCGCAGGGCACUACCAUCCUCUCGAAUUCGUGGGCAAUCAACUUGAACCCGAAGUAUUACCCGAAUCCACAUCAUUUUAAUCCGCUGCGAUUCCUCAGCAUUGAUCCACAGACACUGCCAUAUCUUCCGACAUUUUCAGCAGAGGAUCUUGCCGAAAUGUCUCCAUCACGAUCACACCCGUCGAAAGAGGGCCACAGCUCCUUUGGCUGGGGACGACGGAUCUGCCCUGGGGCAGGACUAGCGCAGAAUUCCCUGUUUAUUGCUAUGGCACGUCUGUUAUGGGCCUUCACCUUCAAGCCGAUGCUAGAGGCUAACGGUGCCGAGAAAGAGUACGAUACCUUUGCGUACACGCAAGGAUUUAAUAUUAGGCCCGAGCCCUUUGAUUGCGAGAUUCAGGUGCGGAGCGAGAAACAUCGACAGCUUUUGACGGCCGAGGUGGCAGGUGCUGAGAAAGUGAUGAGCCAGUUUCCGCCAUUUGAGGAAUAA